AUGGGUCUCAAAGAAUGGAUCAACAAACGUCGUGGGAAGACAGGUGGGAGCGUCGAUGGAGCGUCCACUCCCGAUUCCCAGUCCACCACGACUUCUCCGGCCGACCUAGCUAAGAACGGACAGAGAGACGCUGCAGCAGUGACGGCACCGCUGUCGAAUCCACCCUCUUCUGAUUCUGCUCAUCAGCAAACACAGAUCUCAUCCAUCAGCGACAUUGACGCUCUUCGCAAUGCUGUUUGGAAGCAGGCACACGAGCGACUUCGCUCGGAGCAGCCAAAACUGGUUGCAGCCUACGAGGCCCUCGUCAAGGAACAGAGCGGCGUUCCCCAAGGAUCGAAGCUGGACUCUGACUCAAUGUCUCUGAUCGUCUGCAAACAGAAAGACAUGAUGAAGAACAAGCAAUGGUCUUAUACCUGGUUUGGCGAAAAGCAUGCUGUGAGAGAUUCUGUCGAGACCAUAUUCGGUCUCGUGGAGCACGCUUCUGGACUUAUCGCACUUGGCAUGACAGCGGCUCCUCCAUAUGUCUCUAUACCAUGGCAAGAAGUGACCAAGAUCUUGGCGAGCUACAGCUAUGCAGAAAGGGAGUUUCUCCCCGUCCCUGCAACCCGUGGCGACUUCGAAAACGUCGUCAUCGAACUAUACAUGUCCAUCAUCGAGUACCAAGCUACAGCCGGACUCUACUUCGCGAAAGAUACCCUGAAGCGUAUUGGAAUCAAUCUCGCUCCGAAACAAACCUGGCAAGAUGCCCUGGGCAAAGUCAAAGGCCAGGACGAGAAGUGCCGUGUACCAAUGCAUAGCUUAGGCGUUCGUCUCAACCAACUUGGUCUCGCCGACCUACAGUCUGUGCUGGACCGCGGCGCCGAACUCCUCACAACCAUCAGCCAAGCAGUGUCUGCAAAGCGUGACCGACGUGAAAAGAUCCAACAAUGGAUAUCACCCGUCACCCCGUACGAGGAUCACGACACCAUUCGCAGUCGACUUGGGGAUGCAUAUACAGGCUCUGGUCAGUGGAUGCUUCAAGAUGAAGACUUCACGAGUUGGAGAUCUGGCAGCGGCGGAUGUCUGUUGCUUCAAGGAAUUGUUGGGAGUGGCAAAAGCUGUCUUACUUCGAUUGUUGUACAAGACCUCUUAGCCGAUGCUUCCGGGCGGGUAGCGUUCAUGUACUGUUCUGCCACGGCGGACACUUCUACACAAGACGUCGCGGACACGAAUCGCAGCCACACAUUGACAAUCUUGCGAGGGAUACUUGCUCAGCUCGCAGUACUCCCUGACGGAAGCAUAGCGCCUGAGAUUUUGGCCGCGUAUGAGCGCGAGGAUGGCGGUCGGUCGCGGAAAAUGGGUGGAGGCUUAAAAGCCACUCUCGACACCAUCAAAUCUCUUCUUCGAGAUCGAUCAGGUGAGCGACUGAGACUCGUGUUCGAUGCUCUGGAUGAAUGCAAAGAUUACGACGGGCUUCUGGAGAACCUCGCCGGUCUCAAAGACGUGCGGCCGAGCAUAUCCUUCUUUUUCUCAGCUCGGAGCGGCGUUGAAAUUGGCACUAGAUUUCCCCGACACCAACUUCUCAUCACAAACGACCAGAAUGCUGACGAUAUCGAGACCUACAUCGACUUCGAAGUCUCCAGGAGACACGAAAAUGUGGGAAUGCAAGAUGCUCAGGCUGAGAGACUCAAGAAGGCACUCAAGCGUCUCGCCGGGGGCAUGUUCAGAUGGGUGGAGCUCGAAAUCGAAGUCUACCUACCCCGUCCAAAUGCUCAACGUAGGAAGCUGAGGUCAAGGGACAUUGACAAACGCCUGGAAACCCUCGAGAAUUCGCAAGCUCCGGUCAUCGAUUUGCUGAUGGACACAUAUGAACAAAUAUACGCCAUGGCCCUGGGGGAAGAAGAUGAAGAAGCGAAUAGGCACACGAUUGUGUCAGCGCUGAAAUGGGUGCUGUGCUCGUUUCGAUCUCUAACAGCGUCGGAAUUGCUGCGUGCCGUCAGCGUUCAAUCUGAUGGUACCUAUGAGGACGACUUGACGGAGGAUAUGAUUUUGAAUUCUUGCAGCAACUUGUUUAUCAAGGACGCAAGAGGAUUGAUCCGACUGGCUCAUCUCUCUGUUCGUCAAUUCUUCGAAACGAAGCAUGAGCAGGACUUCUGCCCCGAGUUCCAGCAUCGUCAGGCAGCGCUGUCUGCCCUCUCGACAGUUGGUGUCUUCCGCGAUAGCGAAUAUCAACUGGAGAUGUUUACGGUUCUUCUGGCAAAGGAACCGCAGAAGCAAUUGCCAGUGUCGCAGGACUCGUUCACAGUCUACUGUCGACAGAAUUGGGCCGCGCACUACAGAUUCAGUGAUCGGACUGAAGACUCGAGAAACACUUUGCGUAAGAUUAAGAAGGUCCUCAACCAUCCAUUUCAGCAUUGUCUGAACUACGCAAUGGCUAAUUGCGGAUUUCCUGCUCGCACGAUCCUCUCGAGAAAGCUAGACAAGACCUUCAACUGGACAAAGCUGAGAGAUCAAUACUACGGCCUUACCGACGUAUACACCGAUGCAGGCCCAGUUUCAAGUGAAGCUCACCUACCUUGGAGAUGGAUCCGAUCCAAUACUGCAGGAUCAGUUCUCACAGGAUCAGAGCUAAAUCCGUUAUACAUGGAGGGAGAACAGCGUGGUGAGAAAGUUCUCCAAGUCCAUGCCGCCGAGGAUUUGGACAUCCGUGAAGCGGACUCUGCGGGAAACUCACCGCUUCAUUAUGCGGCUUUCUUUGACCAGCCGCUGGUGAUUACAGCUUUACUCGAAACCGGAUUGCUGAUAGACCAGCAGAAUUUAGAUGGCAAUACGCCGCUUCACGUCGCAGCCUUUGCGAAAGCUUCCGAUAGCAUGAGCGUUCUGCUGAAGUCUGGAGCUGAUCCCUCUCUCAGAAAUCAUCAUGGCCAAAAUGCCAUAGAGGGUAUUGCCCCUGCUCUUGGCAAAGUUCUACUGCAGGACCUUGCGUCGACUCACAACAAGGCCGAUCAGCAUGUCGAACGUCGGCCAAGGCUACUGUCCCACAUGUCGCAAGGCUGCAGCCUUUGCAAGUGGACAACAUGGCUCGAAGGGUCUCGCAGAGGAGAAAAGUUUCAACUUUGUUCGUCAGUGAAACAGAUGACCUCGCAAGGUUGCACUCUCUGCAAAGCUGUUUAUGGAUCGCUGGGAAACGGCAUCUGGCCGGUCGAUGAAGCUUUGCCAGUCCAUGUUCAAGUCAUGCUUGAUACCGACAGCCCAUUGAAGAAAGGGAAGGAUGUGAUACGAUACAGUGUGGCAGGCUUACCAGACGUGGAUUUCAAAUUGUGCAUCAACCCUGCUAAUGACGCCAUGGGUACUGGCAACCCUAGCGCUGCCAAAAUCUUUCGUGGUCGUGUGGUUCAACUUGAUCCCUUCGAGACCGUGACCAAGUGGCUGGAAGACUGCCGCGCCAGACACCGGAACAACUGCAGAUCACUGUUAGAUUCCUCGCAGCCAAGGCCGUGGAGGCUAAUUGACUUGGGCACAGCUGACGGGAAUGUUCGAAUCUGUGAUGCCUCUAAUCAGGAUCCGCAAGAUUUGCGAUACGUCUUCCUCUCUUUCCAAUACGGCAAUGCAUCUGGCUUCGUUCGACUACUACAGAGCAACAAAGAUGAACUUUACCAAGGGAUUCGCACAACAGACCUGCCUCGUCUAUGGCAAGACGCAAUCACAAUGUGCCGUGCUGCCGGAUAUCGAUAUUUAUUCAUUGACGCACUGUGUAUCAUACAGGACUCAAGGAGGGACAUAUCAUUCCAUGCGACCGAGCUUGGCCGCUACGUUAUGUUCGCCGACACCGUCUUUGUGGCGACCAUGGCCCUUUCAGAUCACCUUUGGCCCACAAACGUCAAUGAGCAAAAUGACAUAUGCAGUUUCGAUACUUGCAUUGAAGACCGACACGAGGCACCCUUCAAAGUGCAUGUUCGCAAACCGCUCUCGACCGCGGACGCCGUUAUGCGCGACAAAGUCCUCUCCAGAGCCUGGCGACUGCAGGAAGUUCUUCUACACAGGAGGGUAGUUUUAUUUGGCGAGGAUCAAAUCUACUGGUACUGCAGCAACGGCUUGACUUCUCAGAGUGACGCCCAAUUCACCACGGCGCCGUGGACAACCGUGGGCGACAUUAUGCGACGGCAGAUACUCCUCAGACCGGUUCUGCCUUCCGACCUCAUGGAGCAGCGUAUGUUGAGGUACUGGUAUUAUCUCAUUGAGACGAGCACUGCAGGCGAAUUGACCUUUGCUGUCGACCGCUUGCCUGUCAUCGCCGCGGUCGUCGACUUCCUGCAGAAGACGGGAGACUUGACAGUCAUGGACAUCCGUUCCGGGAUCGGAAGUGACGAUGUGUUCACUGGAUUGCUAUGGAUCCGCAAGCCCAUUGUUUCCACGAGACAACCUCCCGUCGACAUUCCUCCUACUGGACCGACAUGGAGCUGGACUUCUAUCACUGGAGCCGUUUCGUAUGGCCUCGCCCCCGGAUUGCAAGCAUGUAGAACGCCAUCCAAAUAUUUGGAAGAAAUGCUUCAAGUGGAGGAGAUGCAUGUGGUGACUGCUGAUGAUGCGGGUGCCAUGAAUGCGAUUGCUAAGAGAGCAGGACCUGGAACGUUUCUCAGAGUUUCCUGCCUCGCUUUGCGCGCCGAGCAUGAGAGCGAGAAUGACUGGGGAGAUUUCCCGUGUUUUUUGGACUGCAGUGCCAAAGACGAGGAAGAAGAGGUGUGGUUUGUUUUGGUUGCUCCUUGGGUGUAUAAUCCACAGGGCGAUGCGCGCUGGGCCGGACUCGUUCUUGUUAGGGAAGAUGUUACUGAAGGUGUUGGCGCGCGGUUCGUCCGUAGAGGGGUGUUCCUUGGGCCGGAGUGUGACGAGGAUUUGGGGAGGUGGAAGAGGAGAGAGUUCGUAAUUUUUUGA